CUGUCUCUGCUGAUAACGGAAGCAGGCACAUAAGCCAUUCCCCCUUGGCUGUGUUUUGCUGUGCUGUAAGGGACUUCCACAAUCUCCAGAGGAACAGUCGCUGCUUGCAGGGAUGGGCUUCUUCACACUGAUCCUCCUCACCUCCUCCUGCUUCCUUGGAAAAGCCGCCGGGAAGCUGCAGGUGCAGGCCGAGCCCUCUCUGGUGAAAGCUGCGGUUGGAGAUGAUGUCUUGCUGAAUUGCAUCUUUACUGUGGAUGAGCCUACCGUGGACCUCAGCCGACUCACAAUCCUCUGGUUCCACCGGGGCAGGCAGCUGGCGGAAUUUGACGAUGUGGUGACCACCUCCAGGGAAGGCAUCAGCCUGAGCCAGGAAGAGCUGGGGAAUGGCAACGCGUCCUUGCUCAUUUCCCGGGUUGGCACUGGAAACUCUGGCAACUACAGAUGCUAUGUCACAUACACGCCGGAAGUGCGGAUCCGGGAAGUAACUUUGCAAGUUGCAGACCCCGAGGAAGAUCUGGAAGAUUCCCUUUCAUCCCCGUGUCUCAGCCGUUCAGAUAUCCUGAGCAAGCUGGGUCAAAUUGUGGAAGCUGUGAAGCAACUCGAGGCCAAGCUCCAGGAGCUUGUGAGCAGCAAGAGCGCCGCAAGAUGCAGUUCUGAAGUUGCCCCCCUUUCCCCGCCAGAGCUCUCACGCUGAUCGCAUUUCUGCACUGCUGCAAAUCAAAACAGGCUUCAGAUCCAUUUAGCUUAAACUCCCUGUGUUAUCCAAGUAAAUGUGGAAACUGUAGCUCUGUGACAGGGCUUAGAGUCUAUUGACAAAUCAUUCUUGCAAUAUCUUAAUUCCCUGGGGGGAUGUUAUGACCAUUAAACCAGCUUCAGAAUUAAUACUGUGUUGAAGGGCAUUGCAUGUACUGAAUGGCAGUGGAGGGGGGCGGGCUGAAUUGACUAUUUCUGAGGGCAUCAGGGCCUGGAACCUGGUGGGGUGGAGACAGAGUUGGAUUAAACAGGAGGCAACACAGGGAACUGUUGAGGGCGCCAGCCUUGAGGAGUGCCUGGGUGCUUGCAGAUGACCUGUUCAUUGCCAUUCAUCCUGAUUUAUUUGAGGGGAGACUGACAUUGCCUCAAAGCAAAUGUC